AUGGAGUCUUCUGACAAUGAUUCCUAUAGUGAAGGAGGCAAAAAGCAGCAAGCUGAUGUGCCAGCUAGUGAUGAGCGCGUGGAAUCCACCAAUGUAGAGGCGGAUGAAGCAGAAGACGAGGAGCUCUCCCCCUACAAUAUCUGGAAGACAAAUGCUCAAUUCCUGUACGACCUUCUGCUCCAUCACCAUACGCAGUGGCCUUGUACAUCAUGUAGCUGGGGACAAAUUAUCAAUGAAUCCAACACAUCCUCUGUUGCUCCUCUGUCACAAGUCGUAUUUCUCUCGACUCAUACAGAUGGAACGUAUAACGAAGGGUUAAGGAAGUGGAACAACUCCCCAGAAGCAAUUGUUAUGGCGGCUGUGGAGAUGACUCGUCGUCGAGGAACCCAAACGUGGUUUAUAGGUAAGUUCAACGAAAAUCAGCGCAACCGAAACUUUGUAAAUGUGAAAAAUAUCAUUCAUCCUAAUGAUGUAAGUCGAGUGAAGACGAUCCCUGGCAGUGCAUGGGUGGUCUCUCACUCCACGGAUUCGAAUGUGUUUCUCUGGAACUCUGAAACGCAAGGAAACCACGUAAAUCGCGAAGGCUCCACUUCUUCUAUACCCGAUAUAAUGUAA